UCCGCCUACACGUGUUGAUCUGACACCGCUAUUCGCGGACGCGCUUGUCAAUCACGCGUUUGCUUCAACUCGUCCUACAUAGACACACUCCUGCUGAGAGCUCGGGACUGGACCGCAAAGCGGAGAACGGGGCGCGAGACAAUGUUAAUGCUCUCCCAUCAGAAUUAAAGCUAAAGAAAAACCCCAGUGAUGGAUGUGAGAGAUGGAACAGCGGUGUGGGAAGCGCUGGCCAGCCGAGACUCGGGCUCCAGAGACGCUGCCAUGGAGCACAUCGAGCAGGACGUGAAGAGGAAGGUGGAGAGUAUAGGACCGUUCCUGAAAUCAUCAUCAUCAUCAUCGUUGUCGCUGUCGUCGCAUCCCGGGACGGCUCAAGAUCUCAACUAUGUCCUGGCUCGUCUCCUCAUGCUCUCCAAGAGGUGUCCUUACGGAGACGUCAGGGAAAGAUGCGUCUGGCUGCUCCAAGGUGUCCAGGACAUGGGAGUGCGAAUCCCCAGGCCACUGGGAAACGGACCAAGCAGAUUUAUCCCAGAGAAAGAGAUCCUUCAAGUCAGCAAAGUGGACACCAGAACGCAGUCCAUAUUCGAGGAGGCCUUUUCACUCGGCCGGUUCGACAACAUCUGCCUGGUGAUGGGCUUCCAUCCACAGUAUCUGGACUGCUUCCUGAGGACGCAGCAUUACCUGCUUCAGAUGGACGGACCCUUAUCUCGCCACUACAGGCACUACAUAGGCAUAAUGGCCGCUGCCAGACACCAGUGUUCAUAUUUGGUCAAUCUACACGUGAAUGAUUUCCUGCAGGUUGGGGGUGACCCCAAGUGGCUGAAUGGACUAGACGGAGCCCCGCAGAAGCUGCGAGCCCUGGGGGAACUCAACAAGAUCCUGGCUCACCGGCCGUGGUUGCUCACAAAAACGCACAUUGAGAAUCUACUGAAGGCCGAGGAGCACAGUUGGUCUUUAGCCGAGCUGAUCCAUGCCGUCGUGCUGCUCACACACUACCAUUCUCUCGCUUCAUUCACCUUCGGCUGUGGGAUCACGCCAGACAUUCACACCGAAGGAGGACACACUUUCAGACCUCCCUCACUCAGCGGCUACUGCGCCUGCGACAUUGCAAACGGCAAUGGUGCUCUGGAGGACAUGGUGGCAAACCAGCAGGAUAUGGAUGAGUCAGGCGAGGUGGAAGUGCUGAUGGAGAGGAUGAAGCAGCUGCAGGAGUGUCGCGAUGAAGAGGAGGCCAGUCAGGAGGAGAUGGCCACACGCUUUGAGAGGGAGAAGUCGGAGAGCAUGUUGGUGGCCACAACAGAAGACGAGGAGUGCGUUCCAUCUCGUGACGUCUCGAGGCACUUCGAAGACCCCAGUUACGGCUACCAAGACUUCUCCAGGAGAGGAGAACACGUGCCCACCUUCAGAGUGCAGGACUACAGCUGGGAGGACCACGGCUUCUCCUUGGUGAACCGGCUGUACCCGGACGUCGGCCAGCUGCUGGACGAGAAAUUCCAGAUUGCGUACAAUCUCACCUACAACACAAUGGCCAUGCACCAGGGUGUAGAUACCUCCAUGCUCCGCCGAGCCAUCUGGAACUACAUCCACUGCAUGUUUGGGAUCAGGUAUGAUGAUUACGAUUACGGCGAGAUCAAUGAGUUGCUGGACCGCAGCUUUAAAGUCUACAUCAAGACCAUGGUGUGCAGCCCGGAGAAGACCACCAAGAGGAUGUAUGAGAGUUUCUGGAGGCAGUUUCAGCACUCUGAGAAGGUCCAUGUAAAUUUGCUUCUUAUGGAAGCGCGCAUGCAGGCAGAACUGCUCUAUGCUCUGAGAGCUAUCACUCGCUAUAUGACAUGAAGUGCUAUUACCGUUUCUCUUUGUAAUUUCACUGUCAUUGUUGUUGUUGCUUUCGUGGGACACGAUAAAUAAAUAAAAGUAAAAACAACAGGGAAAAAAAACACAAAAAACUUAAAGGAAGACCAGAAGUGGAGGAUGAGACGCAAGGAAAAAAAAAAAGUCUGGAGAGAAGUUUGAAGUGCUUGGCCUGCAGUGCCCAAACCCACCAGCGGAGGGCAUCAUGUUCGCAAAGCCGUGUAACAGGACAGCUCUGAGCUUCUGGAGGCGAGUCCUCCUCAUAGUGUUUGAAAUUGAAAUGCAUCUGGAUGAAGAUGCUCCUCAUGUCUUUUGUUUUAUUUUUUAUUUUGAGAUGAAAGGAGAACCAGUUAACUCCAGUAUGGGUGCAAGCAGUCUGCACUAUCACGCCUUUGUACUCUUACUGUUUUUUUGUUUUUUUCCUGUUUGUUUUUUAUCGUAGUGCAGGCGACUGGAGAGAAAAGCAUUAGUGAAGCUGCACAUUAUAUAUAUAUAUAUAUAUAUAUAUAUAAAUGUGUGCCUGGUUACGUGCAGCACCGGAAAGCUGAGGUGUUGCUCAUUUUCUCCUUCAUGCUGCUUUUCUCAACCGAGAGGCUCGAGCCUCUGUAAAGACCCCAAACCUUUACCGAUAUCAUAAGCUAAUGUGUGGGAUGUGAGACGGAGUGAGGAGUGAAAUGUUUGUGUGUGUGUGUGAGAAAGAAAGAAGUGUGUGUGGUAUAUAUAGAGAGAGAGAUUCAAAAGUAAACAGCUGUCUGAGCCCUUGUUUUUGGUUUACUGUAAGUUACCACUCUGUCUCUACUUACCAGUGUGUAUUUUAUAUAUAUAUAUAUAUAUAUAUAUAUAUAUAUAUAUAUCUAUCUAUAUCUAUAUAUAUAUAUAUCUAUAUAUAUAUAUAUAUAUCUUUAUCUUUAUUUAUAUAUAUCUAUCUAUAUAUAUAUAUAUAUAUAUAUAUAUAUAGAUAGAUAGAUAUAUAUAAACUAUGUUGGCAAAAGUUUUGGGACAUCUGUCUUUACAUAAUCGAUCUUUAACUCUUCUGAGAAGGCUUUCCACAAGGUUUAGGAGUGUGUUUAUGGGAAAUUUUUUGACCAUUCCUCUAGAAGCACAUUUGUGAGGUCAGGCACUGAUGUUGGACGAGAAGGCCCGGCUUGAAGUCUCCGCUCUAAUUCAUCCCAAAGGUGUUCUGGACUCUGUGCAGGCCAGUCAAGUUCCUCCACACCAAACUCACUCAUCCAUGUCUUUAUGGAGCUUGCUUUGUGUACUGGUGUGCAGUCAUGUUGGAACAGGAAGGGGUCAUCCCCAAACUGUUCCCACAAAGUUGGGAAAAUUGUCCAAAAUAUCUUGGUAUGAAGCUGAAGCAUUAAGAGUUCCUUUCACUGGAACUAAGGAGUCAAGUCCAACCCCUGAAAUACAACACCUGAACUCAAUGAGUUGGAGGGGUGUCCCAAAACUUUUGCAAUAUAGUGUGUUUGUGUAUGUAUGUAUAUAUAUAUAUAUAUAUAUAUAUAUUAGUAUGAAAAGCAUAGCCUUUGUUGGUAUUUCAGGCCUAAAAAAUUAUCAAAGCACUUUGUUUCUGAAAUAUCAUGAUAUGCUUCAGCUGUAAUGUAGCCAUUUUUUGUUUUAAUGGGUUAGUGACCAUUUCCUAAAUACACUUUCAUCCGAUUUCGUCGAUUUUCGAGUCUUCCUGUUGACGUGACGUGCUUCCUGACGGCCCCCCCCCCCCAACCCAUUCAACCUGUCUUCCCUUCACCACAUGGUCAUCUAAACUCUCGGAAAAAAAAGCUAUAGCUUUUUUUUGUUAAAUGAUUGUCAGUAUAAAUAAUAAAAUACCUCUCAUUAUGUAUCUCCUUAAGUAUCUGAGAGCUCUCUCUGGCGAGCAGGGAUCUUCUCGUUUGGUCGUCUUUAGAGCUCACGGUUCCUUAAAAAAAAUGUCAUCACGUAGACACUGCUUAUUUUAUUUUAGUUUUCUCCAAGAACUUCAAGCAGUAUAACUAAGCAGCUUUUUUUUCUUCAUUGUCGAGUGUGUUUUAAGGUGUUUACUUUAAAAAAAAAAAAAAAAAAAGAACAUAAAAAAAAUCAAUCAAGUACUGCAUUCUGAUGAUGGCUGGAUCAGCUGGGUGUAGAAAGACGAGUGUUGAGAAAGACAGAGGGAUGGUACUUUGUUUUUGUUUUUUUGAAUGCUAAGCAAUGAGUUUUCUUUUUUUUUUUUAAAUCGAUCUUCAGAGACUGAUGUCAGUUACUGACACUUUUAUAAUAAAAAAAAAUAAAACAUUUUAAUCUCUUUCUAUGA